UCGAUGAAGCGCCGCGCACAAACCCAAACGUCUGUCUGGUAUCCUUGGAGGAUCGAUAUAAAUUUUUUAAUUAUUGAUAAAUAUAAUAAAAUGGCAGUGAGUGAAUCAAUAGAUUUUCCAUCAGAAUCGUCUUUGGUUGAGCAUUGCUCCCUCUGUCUUUCGUCUCAUCUGCUAAGGUUUCCCCCCCACUGAGAAGUGGAUUCGUUCCAUAGCGUAAAUGUCGAUCCCCAAGCCACAGAAGUCGGUCGAUGAGAAACAGACGAUGAUGUGUGAAAGAAGUGGAGAAAAUUUUCCAAAUACACGAGGAUAACUUUUAAUAAGAAUCUCAAAUAACAGUUGUACCGGAAGAUGACAAACAGAAACGAGUGAAAUAUGGUGGACAAGGAGACUACUAAGGAAGUGAUCAUAGCUUUAGAAGACGGAAAAGUAGAAUGUGAUGAGGAUUGUAAACGUAAUUUACCUAAACGUUCUUCUUCGUUGCUCAGGCGAGGCGAUACCACUCUCAGCAUCGACACCACUGGCUUUCAACGUUAUUUGCCCUCCUGUAUACAGUUUGCUUUUGCAGAUCAGGAAGUGGAACAGCUCUAUCGUCAGUUCUGUCAGAACGAGAAAUGCAGCGAACUCAAGUCAUUCCUAAUAAUUGUUAUUGUCGUCGACUUGACUUUAUUAACUUUAUACGGCCUUUCUUACCAACAGCAGAAACUUCCUCAGUUGAUAGUUUUACUUGUCCUCUUCGUCUCGCUAGUGAUCUUGUUGAUAUUAACGUGGAAAUGGAGCAUACCUCGACUUCUUUGGACUUUUAUACCGUAUUUAAUGUGGCUAGUUCAAGUCGGCCACGUUUUCUGCGACGUUUGGCUUUAUCCGUUACCUCGUCUCCCAGUCGAUGCCGUUAGUUGGAUUGUUUUAUAUACUUAUUCUCUCUAUAUACUUCUACCCAUGCAAAUUAGUCUGUGUGUCACGUUGGGAGUAUUAAUGGCCUUUCUUCAUUCGCUACUCAUCGCCAUAUUACCGGAAGAUCACAAUCAUCUAGGAUAUCAGUUCGGUGCAAAUGUAUGUCUUUACGUGUGUACUAAUCUUCUCGGAGCUAUGACUUACUUCUUCAUGGAACGGCAACAGAGGAAAGCUUUUCUAGAAACUCGUCAGAGUCUAGAAGCUAAAUUAAUCUUAGAAGAGGAAUCUCAGGAACAGGUAAUGUUUCUUUUCUCUUUUAUUUAUCGAGUUAUGAGCUAACUAAAGUAAAACUGAAGUCAGACUGCCGCCUGUAUAACAAUUGUCUGUCCUCAUACAUUCUGCCGGAAUCCACCAUCGUUAAUCUCUAGACUCUGCAAAGAAUGACAGAAGUCGAACAUCUUCCACCUUUGAACCUUAUUCCACUGAUAAAUAUUCUGCCAUCUGUUAGGAAAGAGCGAUAAAGGACGUAGUCGAGUCUGGUAUUUGCGAU